AUGGAUCGUAACUCAAGAAAAUGCAAGAAAACAGUUCAGAAUUCAGAGGCUUUGAAAAGAAAGUUAAAGUACCCCCUUGCAACUGGUGCAGUUGAAGUACCCAUUGUAACUUGUGCAGUUGAAGUACCCCUUACAAUAAAUGGAACUGAUGUAACUGCCGAGGAUGGAGAUGACAUAUUAACACAAGAAACUACUGCCUUGUUAUGUUAUUCUUGGUUUUUUCAAGCUUCUUUAAGCAAGAUUCCUUGGCAUAUUCCUUUCAGAACUCCUUUGCGAAUUCCUUGUCAAACUCUCUCGGGCUCUCACCCAAUGCCUUCCUAUAUGAGCAUGUAUGUGAGCAUUCAUGCUUUGCAAGAUACGGCAGGGCGGGAAGUUGAUAAAAUGAUGCUUACAGAUGCACCACUCUUAUUUACUCCUGGGCAGUUGGCCUUGACCGCUCUACGUACCUCAAAUGCACUUCAUAAAGUUGUCGACUUUGAUAGUUUCCUGAGCGGUAUUUUUUCCCAUAAGAAUUCUACACACACAAUGGGCGAACUUCUUGAGUCAUUGGAUGCAAUUGAUUCUUGGGUUAGAAAAUACACAAGUCCUUCAGAGAAGGAAUUGAAGCAUAUCGACCGUAAACUGAAGUCUUGUUGGGGUCAUGACGAGGGAAAGAAGAGGGAGAAGAAAUCAAAGCACAAGUCCAGAAAGAGCUCGAAAGAAGCACAAAAUGUGUAGCCUCUUCUCUAGUUUUAUAGAAUUGAACAUGAAGUAUGGGGGGUUGAAGAGCUUGUUUUUUUUUCUUCUAUUGAAAACACCAACAUGAUAGAACAAACCUGGGUCCAUUUUCUUUAGUUAGAAGAAAGGAGGAGAAAAAAAUA